UAAAAUAAAAUAAGUAAUUUCGAUUCACUCUCUUUUCCACGUUCAAUUCAAAUUCCUAAAAUCUCAAUCUCAAAACCAAACCCUAACAUGAACUCCGAAAUUGUUCCAUACACAUUUUCACAUUCAGACCCUAAAAUCACAACCGAUUCUGACCCCAAUGUGCAAAUCACAGCCACACCAAAACCUUCAGCCGCUGCCAGAAAAAAAUCUUCCGCCGCAGUCGCCAUUCGCUCCACGAAGGACCGCCACACCAAGGUUAACGGCCGUGGCCGCCGUGUCCGCAUGCCGCCGCUCUGCGCUGCCCGGAUAUUCCAGCUCACCCGCGAGCUCGGCCACCGCUCCGAUGGCGAGACAAUCGAGUGGCUUCUCCGCCAGGCUGAGCCCUCCAUAGUAGCCGCCACAGGUUCCGGCACCGUACCUGCCGCUCCAGUUUCAUCCUUCGCCGACGCCGUCGCCUCCUCGGCGCCCUCCAUCUCUUGCCUUGCUCUGCCCGCGCCGGAGACUACUGGCGGUGGCCAUGAGAUGUUCGCCUUGGCUCUGCCGCAGCCGGCAGUAACGGAGUACGCGGCGGCGGCGGUGAACGGAUACCGACACAUGCCGUUCACGGCGCUGUUGUUGCAACCUACGACGGCGGAGGAUAAUCAGCAAGAGGAGACUCUCAACGAACUAUGAUAGUGUUGCGAAGCAUACGAGGUUUAUGUAUGUUUGUAGGGUAGCAUUGAGGGUCUUUUUUUCUUUCUUUUUUUUUCUUCCUCGUUGAUUUUAAGGUUAGUUUAGAGUUACGUGCAAUCAAUGUGGAUGUGUUACAAGUGUCUUGGUUCGCAUUCGUUUUUUCUUCUUUGAUCUUUCGUUCUCUGACAGAAAGAACGGGGUGAAAUGAAACACGGUUAUGUAAAUUAUUAGAAACCGUAUGAAUAUGAAGAAUCAUUGUAUCAACAUAUUUUUGGACUCUUUUGGGUUGGCAGUUCAACAUGUACAAAAUUUGGAUUUGGACCCACCAUU